UUAAUCAGCUGCCCAAGCUGCGCCAGCGCACAUCAACGAUUUUAAGAUCCGGCAAAAAGAUUGGCCUUUAAACUGUAUUUACCUCAAGAACUGGAACCCAAAGAAAAGUGAAGUGAAAUGGCGCCCAAUUUGACUUGUGUGUGGAUUACUCUGCUGCAACUCAUGAGCUUGGCUCUGGCCGAUGUCUCCCACCUGGAUUACUCGAUUGCACCCAGCACCCAGCUGGGUUACUACCACUAUCCCGCUCCCAACAGGCCAGCCGUGCACCGGAGCCAGAGGAACCAGUACCAACAGAACCAGCAGUAUCCCCAAGUGGCUCGUCAGUUUUCUGAGCCUGCCUUGGAGCAUGCCGCCUUCACCCAGGCUCUGACCAGCCAGGGUUACGUAUUUGGAGCACCGUCGUCUGCCCUCCAGGUGGCUCCCCCGGCACCACAGCCCCAGCAGGUGGCUAGGGUAUCAGCUGCGGCGGGAUCAGCCACAGGUCGUUCCAUAUCAUCCGCUUCUGUGGAUGCCAACUCGCUGAACCUCAAGCUGCCAGUGCCCUUCGGCAUUGCUCCACUGAAUGUGGCACAACUUCCGCUGCAGGCUGGAGCACCAUACGCCAGUGUGCCCAGAACUACGGGGCUAACUUCCUAUGGAACACCGCAGAUCCAGAGGCGCUAGUCCUGCUAUCCUAGCCCAUAGAAUAAAAAUACAUUUAAUGGAGCCAGAGCCAUCCCGACUGAUCAUCAAACUGCGAUGACUUCUGCUCUUAGCGAAUACACAUUGAUAAUAAACUUGCCAUCUAAGCUUA